AUGACGAACCUGAUGAAGACGCGGAUGCGAGAACUAUGGAGAGCCAUGAGACGAACAAAGGGUCUUGAAGUGGAUCACUUAGAGACACCCCUCAAUAGGUGUUUGAACGUCUUUGAUCUCACUCUUUUGGGUCUAGGUAAGCGUUGGUGCUGCGUUUGCUUAUUCAAGAUAGGUAAAUUUUCAGAUGCAUCCGUACUUUGGGCUUAGGAUUUUACAUUUACAGGUAAACUUAGGUGCAACACUAAAGGUAUCAGAUAAAAACAGGUCGGUGAAACGCUCUGUAGAACUCAACCUAAGAUACAAAUAUUUAUAACUGACAACUGAAAAAGAGAAGGUAGGAGUGACUCUUUAAAAAUAAAAAUAUUAAGCCGAAAGCUAAGCCAAUAAUUUGUUAAGGAAGAAGUUAAGCUUGCCUUUAAGGGCAAAUAAUGAGAACAGGCGCCCCAGGCCAGCAUUUUUAAUGAAGAACUAUCUGACGACGAAACUGAAAUUUUUCGACGGCAGAAUAAUAAAUUUAUUUGCAGAAACAGACUUAAUUAUCGGUUAACCAACUAGGGAGGCCAACAUUAUUGAAUGAUAUGUCAAAUGAAGGCAUGCAACAGGGACAUUUAAAACUCGCCCUAGAGAAAUUUUGUCUUGGAAGAUGAUGAAAAAUGUCGUCUGACAAAAAUGAUGUCCUUCGGGGUUUACCUCGAAGCUAUGUCCUAUUUUCAAAUUUUGUUUGCUUCAGGCAAUAUGGCUGGCUCCGGCGUAUACGUUCUUACGGGUACGGUGAUUCGCGAUAAGGCUGGUCCCGCCACCUUUCUUUCCUACUUGAUUGCCGGCGUAACCGCGUUUCUCAACGCCCUCUGCUACGCCGAGCUAGGCUCGAGGAUUCCAAAAGUGCGUAGUUCUUAAACUCCUCUUGUGACUUGAUGUUUCUUGAAACAGUACUUAGUAGAUGUAUUUAUAUUCAACCAAUGUUUUUUUGUAAAGAGAAACUGUGCGUCCUCUGUAAAAAGUGAAAACUCGUUUGCCGUUUUCACUGGAUAACUGUGAUGUUAACUAAAGUCUGCAGUUACGGCUCUUUGACUGUCCUUUCUGAUUAAAGGGAGCCGAAGACCUCAGUUUAGUUAUUCGCAGACAACUUACUUAUCAAAGAUAAAUGUCAAAAUAUGACAGAAUUCUAGGGAGACCGGUUAGCGAGCCUACGCUUGCUUUCGAUAAAUUCUCGUCUGGUUUAUACAUUUACAUGGUGACGAGGUCAAUCAAAAACGUAUGGAUAACAAGAGAGGUCUAGCAAUGUUUUAGUCUGCUAAAAAGUGGGAUGUGGGGAGUAUGGGAGAAUAAUUAGGGGGAAUAAAUAGCAGACUGAUCUGAUGGUGAUAGUUAGUAUGAAUGGAUGGUAGGUUACGAAGAGCAGAAUUGAGCAACAUCUACUACACUCCCACUUCCCUCACCAACCUAACUUCGAUGACAAGACAAUGUCAAGACAACCGAAGAUGAACGUGGGCGCAGUGGCUGCCAAAUUUAAACAAUCAGUCUACGCGUGCCUCACACGACACGGUCGCCACUACAUGUUUCAGACCACCAUAAGAGCGACCUAAGUCGCAUGUGGGGCGAGGAGGCCAAAAAGGCCUAAGUACGACGGAGCCACUGCGGCCUGGCCGUCAGUCUUGAGAAGGGCCGAGUCCUUCUAUUAGUUGGCAACCUUUCGUGGCAUAACUGCUAGUGUGUCGUGAAAGACUCAAGCGCCUCAUAUUCCCUCUGGUGACGAAUGGUCCAAUCUGUUGUUAUGAUGGACUCUCCAGCGUCGGCCUCUCUCUCCCUCUCCCAAGUCCGAGCAUGUCAACCAAUUGGUGGUGGACUUAGGUACCGUGAUUGAGAAGGCUGAACAGACCGUUUACGCGUGCCACACACGAUCUGGUCCUCACUUCAUAAGCGAGGGUACUGUGGGGGCUGUCGUGUUAGGACCCACGUUGCGGCUCUGCUGUUACUUUAGGUUCGUGUAUGCGGACAAAUUAAUGUUGCGCGAACUUACACUGAUGAGAAUACGCUGCCGUCAGUUGUCGCGCAUGAAAAUUUAACAUAAGCGGCACCACCCGACAGUUCAACCGUCGUAGCCGGCGAUGUCCACCGUGUGCUUCACAGCAAGGUGAAGCAGACACGGCGACUUGCGCGUGAGUUAGUCUAUAGUAAAUGUAGACUUGCGCAGCAUCUGCCGCACUCUCUCCUCCCCAACCUGGACCCGAUGUCAAGACACAGUCAAGAAGACCGGAGGCGGAGUAGGUGCAGACGGAUGGCCCGGUCGAGACCGCACCUUGACGCUCCACUUCACAUCCCCUGGUCCGCACAGCAAAUAAUCAGGUUUUGGACCAACAACAAUACUGAGGGGACGGCAGGGGUCCCCGUGUACGCGACGUCUGUCGGCAACCGGGUCUGCCACCGCACCAGAAAUGUUGGCAUUUGGUAUGGUGUGCAAUCCGAUAACGCCUGCCGGAAUCCGAUGUGGCCUCCGUGUUGGUCUAGUGCAUCCUCCACGUGGCCCGUUUGGGUGGCAGACAGCGGCACCACCCAGGCCGAUUCGCGCACUCACAACGUGGAGUAGCAACCUCUUAUAGACAAUGCACCACCAAGCGCCCGACGGACCUGAUCGGUACUUCUACUUCGUCUCGCCGGGGCACCCAGCCGUCAUGUAUGGCUCCCAGAAGCUACGCUUUGCUUAGCGGUCACAUUUCGGCAGACGGGCUUAACCAGAUGAAGAUGUCCGGCUGUGUAUCUCUACUCCCAGUAGUCCCUGAACUAAUCUGUAUCCUCCCCUCUCACCCCCAAACAAAAAUGUCUUACGAAGAGGGCGGCAUUCAAUCCUGUGGACCGCUCAUAUUAAUUUGGGUGGUCCUCCCGAAAACGAAACUCGUGAUCUGCAGUGGAGUUCAAAAGUCGCCUAGGAUUAAUAAAUAGCCCCAUUUAGAGAUAGCACUGCAUAGCCUUUAGCAGGGCAGGAAGCUAGAUAAUGUGCCAACAAAAGACACCGGUGAUCUGACCAUGGCUUGUGGACGCCAACUACAUGGUCGGACAGCAUAAUAAAAUAAUCACCCUAUCUCCAUCCUCAAGGCUGUUUACAGGCUGACAGAAUGAGACUGCUCAUCAGGAACAACACCGCAGGAAGUCAAAGAUCGUCUCAUGACCUCGCGCCCGUCUCUUUACGGGAACAAAUUUACCACAGUCGUCAGUUCCUACGUCUCCAGUAACCAGUUCCGAUGAUGUGAAAGCCAAUCCAGUGCACACCCUCACGCCCACCUUGCGACUGUCCUUGGUAAUUUCAAUGCCCCUGUCGGCACUAGUCACACUUCCAGGAAGGGAGUGCUCGGUCGCCACGGGAUCGAUAGCUACGGCCCCAAUGGCCCUCUCUUCCUGUGGCCUGUACAGAACGGUCCUCUUCUGGCCACUACCAUCUUCCGCAUCCCAGCCCCGAAGAAAAAGACGACGUAGAUGCAUCUUCGCUCGCGUCACUGGCAUCUGGUGGACCAUGUUAUCGCCUGGAGGCGUAACCGGCGUGAAAUAUCAGGGACCAAGAAGACUUGUGGUAUAAACUGCUGGACGGAUCACCGCCUUCUUAUCUCCAAUAUGGGGCUCCAACUGAAGCAACUUAGGCACCAUCUACGCAAGUCAACGCAGGCAAGUUAAAUACUGUUCUACUGGAUACGGCUUAUUGCCUAAUAUAAACUCCGGAAGAGAACGCCACAACUGACACUGACUGGGGGGGCCUGUGGUAUAUCAUGCAGGCUAUCGCCACGGAGGCCCUCAAUUGCGCACGCCGUCAUCACCAAUACUGACUUACUGACAAUGACAAGGUAUCCUGCAUUCUGAUCUCCGAAAGGAAUAAGCUUCGUACGAACUAUGUCAACCACAGAACUGAAACUAGUAAAACUCCUUUCUGCGAUGCCGAAGCCUGCUACAGCAACGAGUGAAAAAUAAAAAGUGUCCGAAUAACUCACAAGGCUAAAGAAAACCAAGGAUUCGCAGACCUUAAUGGACUAAGGAGCGUCGCGUCCACUAGGGCUAUCUGCAGCCCCCAAACCAAGGGGGCUUUAACGCUGCUCAGUACCGAUGAAACAACCGUCCUGGCGAAAAAAUCCUAGAUGCUGGAGCGCUGGGUUCAGCACUUUACAGGCUUCCUCAACCACCCAUCCAACAGAACCACAAACGAAUCUCUCAAUUGAAAGCUUACCCACAUUUUUACCGUCCGCUCUCGCUGCAAGAAACCAUCAAAGCUACACACCAGAUGUCCAGCAGCAGAUCACCAGACGCGGACUCCUUUGGAAGUGAACUCUACAAGCAUGUCGGCCUUUGGCUGGUGGACAAAUUCAUCUGACAUUUCCAGGAAAUGUGAAGACAGUGAAAAGUCCCCCAGGACUUCAAGGACGCCUCCGUCGACCACAUAUACAAACGCAGAUAGAGCCGGCAAUUCUGUUUUGACCACAGGAACAUCUCCAUCUUUGAGUUCACAAAUAAAAUCUUAGUCCUAGUUCUACUCGAUCACCUACAUCCUCACCUAGACCAAGGACUCUUCCUCAAGGUCAGUAGGAAUCUCGAAAGGACAGCGGGAUCAUCGACAUAAUCUUCGCUGCCCUCCAACUAUGAGAUAACUGUCAAAAAUGUGGAUCAGGCCGUAUAUCACCUUCGCUGAUUUGACAAAUGGCCUCGAUGUGGCUAACCGCUAGAAUUCAGGUGUCCGGGGCAUUUUGCACAGAUAGGACGACAGUUCUACGUCGCGUCACUGACAACGGGCCAGUCUCUAGAGCAUUUAAAGUGACUCAUAGGAUAAGGCAGCGCUGUGUACUCGCGCUCCCACCCUCUCCAAUUUCAUACUCUCCGCAAUACAGACGGACGCCCGCCGUGAGAAGCGGCCAGGAAUCGACAUUGCUUGACGGACAGUAGUUCAACAUCCGAUGCAUUCAGACGAUAUUCGAGUCUGCACAACCAGUGUUCAUGAUCUCCUGUUCAGGAAUGAUCACACGCUUAACCCAACGACGCAAGCCUACAUGCAGCGGAGCAGGGCCCUUUUUACUUCCAGCUGCAAAAACUUCUGAUUUACCAUCGACAGGGUGGAAAAGGUGGUUAAGUAUCAUUCAGCACCCCCUGAUGAGUACAAUUCGCCCAGGAUCAACGUGAGUGGAACCGGCUUCGUAUCUGGGAGCAAAUUUUACUACCUGACAGUACAAUCUCGAGAAACAGAAUAAUUGACGACGAACUUGGAAGUCGGGUCCCCAAAGCCAGCCUAGAAUUCAGUGGGCUACAGUACCUUAUUUAGAAACGUCGCAACAUCGUCCCUAACACAGCAUUGAGGACAUACACGGUCUUUAUACUCCCAUCGCACUUAUAGGAGACGGAAACGUGCGAAAAAUAAACAAGAAAACUCAUUUCUCCUCACUCCAGCUACAUUCGGAGAAUAACUAAAGGCAAAGUUGUAGGAAAUGUUUCCAGACACCUAGAUUCUCAGUAUGCGCGACAUGGCGUGGCAGAUGCAACUGUACUGGAGCGGUUAUGUCGUGAGGAUGGAUGAGGAGUGCCUGUCCAAGCAACUAUCGUACUUCAACGUUGCUAUAGGUGCUCGCGAACAAAGCGGACAUAGGCGCUACUACAAGGAAACCCUGAGAACCCCCUCAAACACCUGACGGUUCGACCGUCGUUACAGACGAUGUCCACCGUGUGCUCCAGAGCAAGGUGAGAUCAGGCACGGUGACUUGCGCGUGAAGUAGUCUAUAGUGGUAGCAGACUUGCGCAGCACCUACCGCACUCCCUCCUCUUCUGCCUGAACUCUGCGUCAAGACAUGGUCAGGAAAACCGAGGGCGGGAGAGGACGGAGAUGGCUGGCACGGCCGGAUCCACACCUAAGCGUACCACCAUCACCAUCACCACCACACCCUCUGACCACGAUUUUAACCAGCAACAAUAAUGGGUCGGAAAGAGAAGGAUGACACAAAUCACUGGGCAACCGCGCACACGAUCUGUACACCCAGCGGGAGCGCAGACGCAUCAACCGACAGGGAACCAGGUGCUAGAGAACUGUCAGCGCACACCAGGCUGAAAGGACCAAGGUUUGCUGAAGCAUGCCCUAGCAGACGCACAAAAUCCGGAGGCCCAGAAGGGUGAGACGCAGCCCUGCAUUUAGCCUGGGCUGUCACCCUUCAAAGGCCGGUUAACCAGUCAGUCAUUGAUUAAGAGGCAGUACCCAUAUAUACACACACACUCCUCAUAUGCGUCAGAAAACCAGAGGUCACGUUGAGAAGUAGCCGCUGCAACCUGACUCUCAGCCCAUCAGUCCGCUACUCCACACAAACACAACUGGUCUGACUGCAUGGACUUAUUUGAGGCGUCAGUUGGCAAACUUCCAAGCCAUGGUGUUUGGCGCACCGUAAUAUCCUUAGGCUCGGAUCACACAUGCAGCCGAGGAGCUGCAUUGAUAAGGAGCUGAGAAGCACACUUCCCACCUAACUGGGAGGUACCAAUUGUGCGGUUGUGUACUGUUCUGAGAUAUGCUUUUGGUGUGUGUUGCGGAUGUUCGUCAGGAGAGAUGUGAUGGUGUGGUGAGUCCCGACAUACACUCAUCACUCUGUUUCAUCUGUCCACACUGUCCCAGAACCUUCGGCUAUCGCAUGAUUCUGUUCAGCCUUAUGCGUCUCUAUGCAAAUCUCUGGUAAGACAACCGGGUCCAGACCUUGUCACAACACUUCACCCUCCUUGCACACGCACACACAUCCCUAAGCUACACAUGAGCCUGCUUUAUAAAGCGCGCGUACGCGUCCCCUCUGCGUAAUAGGGUGUAGGGGUGUUCAGUUGUGAGCCCACGUGGUGGCCGUAGUAGGUGGCUCACUUGCAUUCAUUUGCUGAUUACGCUUAGCGUCCAUUAACUGGCACCUAGCUCUCCACUGCGGCUCCUCGAGGCUAGGCUCUGCCUAGCGGCCACGCCCCGGUAUCUGUUUCGACCGGUGGGCUAAACCAAGCUGAGGGAAUCUGACGUGUGUGUCCCCACACCGGUAACGCUGCUUCCUCCCCCAUCCCUAUUCCCGCACCCUUCCCCCUCGCCUCCCUCGCCCCCAUCUCCCUCCCUGCCUCCCCCGCACUUCAAAAGUCCUACGGGGAUGACCAGGACCACCGCCUCAUAAACCCUAAGAUGAGACUUCGUUUGCCACCUCGCAGAAGGCCACAAGGUGAGCGACCGCCAGGCAAGUUAAAUACCCUUCCGUCGAAUUUGCCUGCUCACCGUUUGCAUUUCAACGAUCAGAUAUCUCAGAGAGGGCGAAGGUCUCCGGUGCUGUGUGUCUCCACACCCCAUAUGCCUGCUCCCUUCCCCCCUGCCACAUUCCUACCCCCGAAUUUAGUGAGGACCCUCGGAGCUGUGUGUGUCGCCACGUCCGGUGUGACCCCCCAUACUCACACCCCUCCCUCCCCCAUUUCUCCUUCCCCGUCCCCUCCCGCAUUUCCCCUCUCCCUCCUCCCACUCGAUUCUACUCUCUUCCCCCAUGAUCGAAAAGUCCUACGGCAGGGACGACAUGCAAUCGCGGCGGCGGCCCAGGUCAAUCGGGUCGUUCUCUCACCAAACCAAUCCGUGACCCAUAGUGGAUUUCGGCAGCCCUCUGGGACGACUUAGUAGCCCUAUUUAGGGACAUCACCGCUUAUCCCCGCGAGGGGGAGGGGACUAGAAAAGGGAGAGAGGAGGGAGUGCAGCAGAUGCUGCGAAAGUCUACUCGCACUAAUUCACACGCAAGUCACCUUGCCCGCUUAUACCUUGAUGUGUUGCACACGGUGGGCAUCGAAGGCAACAACGGUUAAACGGCCUGCGUAGCACGCCACGCACCACUCUUACAGCGAACACACGUCCCACAUUGCCAUCGCCAACACAGAAGGUUCAACGUCGCUAUUAGGCACAUGCACAUUUUACUUACGCGGAAGCAUGCAAUUAAGUGUUGCCUGGUACAGUAAGUGAGGACCAGGUCGUGUGUGGCACACGUAAACGGUCUGUUCAGCCUUCUCAAUCACGGUACCUAAACCCACCACCAAUUGGUUGAUGGGCUCGGACUUGGGAGAGAGAGAGACCGACACCGGAGAGCCCAUCCUAACAACAAAUUGGACCAUUCGUCACCAGAGAGAAUAUGAGGCGCUUAAGUUUUUCACGACACACUAGCAGUCAUGCCACGAAAGGUUGCCAACUAAUAGAAGGACUCGGCCCUUCUCAGGACUGACGGCCAGGCCGCAAUGGCUCCUUCGUACUUAGGCCUUUUUGGCCUCCUCGCCCCACAUGCGACUUAGGUCGCCCUUAUGGUGGUCUGAAACAUGUAGUGGCGACCGUGUCGUUUGAGGCACGCGUAGACUGGUUGUUUAAAUUUGGCAGCCACUGCGCCCACGUUCAUCUUCGGUUGUCUUGACAUUGUCUUGUCAUCGAAGUUAGGUUGGUGAGGGAAGUGGGAGUGUAGUAGAUGUUGCUCAAUUCUGCCUCAUGAUAAAUUUAUUCACGCGCAAAUCCCUGGUGCUGCGCUCACUCUGUGGAUCACGCGAUGGUCACUGUGGCUUGUGACGGUCGAAGUGUCGUCGGACAUCCUUGAAUUCACAAAGAUUCCCGCCUGCCUUCUGUUUUCUGUGUCCGAGCUCGCCCUCCAGCACAGUCAUGGCAUCCGGGUCGAUGACGGCCCCUUUCAGUCCAGCAACCCAUUUAAGUCUGGCAUCUGCCUUCUGAUGAACAUGCACGAGAAGGGUUACCUUCCAGCUAAUUCCUUCGCUUCAGGUGCCUUCAAAGAAGAUGUUACUGUUUUUAUGCCCUUAAUAACUGGAAUUAUCGCCAGUUUGUAUGUUGGAAUUUAAAUCUUAUUUGAUUUAUUCCUGAAAGAAAGUUGCCUACAAUUUACUAUUUUGGCUUCGGAAACAGUUCUACUCAUGUUGAAACACUAACGCCUUCAGUAAGGGUUUAAGAAAUGGCUCUGUCAUCGUCAUCCGAGCAUUCCAUAACCUCUGAUCCGAAAACCUGAUGUUUAAACUCUAGUGGACUGUGACUAUCUGUCACUUCGCUCACAUGCCCAUGCUCAAACGACUGCAAUUUGAAAUAUUUAAGCGCACUUAGACCGUAGCCUUCACCGAUCCGGCUUGAUUUCAGGAGUGGUUACGGGUGCUCUAUUUCCUUUCAAGCUACUUCGUUUAAUUCGAUUUUUUUACAACAAUUCUUAAGUCACGAGUGCAAACAUAUAGUUCCUUUCAUUUAGAACAUUUUUCCACAUAAUAACCAUUGUUAUACGGUUAUAGUGGCGUGUUAGGUCUUCGUUUGGCAAAUUUUGAACCAGCAUCGUUUUUUCUUUCACCUUGGCUUAAAACAAUCCACCGGAUUCGUAUUCCCUCACCAUCUUCAGGCCGGUUCCGCCUACGCGUACACCUACAUUGCUAGUGGAGAGUUCAUGGCUUUCUUGAUUGGCUGGUCCGUCAUCCUGGAAUAUGUUUUGUCGGUGGCUAGCGUAGCCAGAGGCUGGAGCGGUACCAUUGACGCCAUGUCACAGUCAACAAUUAGCAACGGAACAAUCUCAGUCUUCGGAAGGUAAGUCCUUGGAAAGGCAGGUAUUCCUAAAUCUAGACUAAACUUAGUCCAAUAUCCAACAUGUCAUGCUGUUAGAUAGAUGCCCGUUCGCAUCAGUUAUGACCGCUGGCAUGGAAGGAUCGCCUCCCGUGUUAUCCGGUCAAGCAUAAAAUAACACCAGAUAUCAACCAUUAGGCUCAGACCUGGUUUAUUCGUUUAAAGCAAGCUAAACUGUUAGUGAUUUCACUCUUCUGAAAAUUCUUUCCUCCACGUGCGCUUAUUGGAUCAGUCUUUGUCAAAUUGACAGUCCAACUAGCAAUAAUUUUAGGAGGAAAUUUGGGUAGUAAACUACUUCUACUCAUCAACCUCUCUUUUUGGUCCUUUUCCCCAUGGAACAGAUUUCCGGGCAAUAAUGAAUUUCUAGGCCAGUAUCCAGACUUCCUCGGAGCUGGCACUGUCAUUGUAUUGGGCCUCGUGCUCAGCUGUGGCGCAAAGCUGUCCGCCCGUGUCAACUCCGUAGUCACCAUUCUGAACCUCAGUGUCAUUCUCAUCGCCACUAUCCUCAUGUUCUCCCUGCCGAACCCCGAGACGAACGGGAUCGCACCCAUCUCACACGGUGGAUUUCUGCCGUACGGGUUCGGUGGGAUGAUUGCCGGAGCAGGCACUUGUUUCUACGCCUUCAUCGGAUUUGACGCGAUCACAGUCAGUGGAGAGGAAGCUGUGGAUCCCCAGCGUUCCCUGCCGAUUGCAACAGGGGUCUCAGUUUCUAUGAUCACUAUCAUCUUCGUCCUGGCUACAGCCAGCCUGAGCCUCUUUGUACCCUGGUGGACUGUAGACCGACAGGCGGCCUUCACGGCUGCCAUGCGUGCCCGGAAUGUGCAGUGGGCCACUUACGUAACAGGAAUUGGCUCACUAUUGGGCAUUGGAGCCAGUCUGUUUACCAGCCUGUACGCCAUGCCAAGGAUAGUCUACGCAAUGGCUGCGGAUGGUCUCCUUCCAGAUUGGCUGGGAUACGUUCUGCCCUCGACUCGGGUAAGUUGCCCCUUUGACAGCUUUCAAAGAUGAUCACUAUAUAGGUUAUUUUCCUAUUUGACUGUGGCACCCUAGCGUCAGCGUGUCAGGAAUGGGUAAAAUCGCAGUUGGUAGCCAGACAGUAUACGCUGAUACUGUCGACGUACGUACUUGUUAUCAGUAGGUGCGCUUACCUUGUCUAGGGAAAUUGUUGUCAGUAGGAGUACGCUUACUCAGUUAGGCAGGUCGCCCGUUUCGGGAAGGCUAUUGGGUUUAGUGAGGGUUAGGGUGAGGCGUAGGUUAAUUUUUAGGAUUAGGGUUUGUGUUUUAGGGUCAGGUUUCAGUGUUAGGGUUAGGGUUUAGGUUUCCGUUAGAAUUACGGUUAAGUUUAAGGUUAGGGAUAGGGUAAAGGUUAAGGUUAGGCCUAAGGUUAGGGUUAGAGUUAAAGUUAGGGUUAGGCUUGAAUUUAGAGUUAGGGUCAAGGUUAGGGUUAGGGUUAUGGCCAGGUUUUGAGUUAGCGUUGGGUUUCAGGAUUUUGGUUACGUUUCGGUUUUGAGACUUAUGGUUAGGCUUUAUGGUUGCGGUGAGUGUUGUAUUUUAGGGUUAAUUGCAGGGUUUAAAUUUCUGCCGUUAUUCAACCUACUUAUAACUUCAGAUCACUUUCAUGGUAAAUUUGCUUUUACCCAGAGACUCCAGCAUCCCUCUACCAGCCCUUCCACUUCCCCUACCCAUAUAACCCCCUUUCCCAUCAUUCCCGUACGACAGGGUCCUGGCUGUCCGCCUCCCCAUUCCUGACUACCAACUGCGAUCUAACCAGGAAUGUUAUGAUUUUUGGGUAAAUAACGAACUUUUAGGGAUUUCUAGGCGGUAAGACAAAGCCCACCAAUCUUCCCUCCUCUGGCAUAACGAUUUGCUCAAGGAGUUACCAUCUCUCCGAUUAUAAAGCCUCCGCUCGGGGCCAUUAAGUCUUAGAAGUCCCAGCCAUUGUACGUACGGCAUAACCCCUGGUCGCUAAAUUGUUCCUUUUAUCUGCAUCUCACCGGACAUCGAUUGACUGGAGUGGAUUGGCAGAAGAAUGUUUUCCUUUUUUAUUUGGAUUGGAAAGUAAACGCCCCCAGCAACACUGUGUCGGUGGCAGAUGAAUCCAUGUCUGAUGGCGAGCAUUUUUUUCCAUGUCACAAUACCUUCAUAUUUCGUGACAUUUUUAUAGGUCAUCGAUUGUCCAGAUCUGUGGUCAGCCAAUUCUGAUAUUUUGCUGUUGCGUGGUCCGCGAAUGCUUAUUCUAGUUGGCUUCAGCGGCUGCGUGCUUCGCAACUGACCUUCGAUGAAGGCAAUUCCCCAAUACAGCACGCAUGGACGCGACAGUUAAGCCGCAGCCUUUGACAAUCGGGAGUAAACAAUAGAACGAAGCCACUCGCAAACAAGCGGCGUUCUGUAAUUAACAACAGUCAAAGGAAUUAUUGUAUAAAGACUGAGUGGUCUGGAAAAGGCAACCGGAGUGUGGGAACGAAACUCGGGCGUAGGUGUUAGUGUGAAUAUGUUCACAGCCCUAAUGUAAAUUAAUUUGUGGACGGACGACUGCACGAGCGCCUGAGGGCAGCUCAUCCGUUCGCACCUUGCGCUAGACGGCCGCUUCGUCCUAAACAGAGCACUGGCGCAUAAGUAGAGGCCUUUAACACGGCCCAACGAGAGUGGCCUCUUUAAUGUCUUUUAUCUUCAGAAGUUGAAUUUUCGCCGGGUUUCUAUUCACCGCGCUAUGAGAGCACAUUCAUGGAUGCCUUUUGGGACACGAGAAUUUUUUUCAGAAAACUUGCGUUUACGGAAAUCCAAAUGAAUAAACAUGUAUAAUUAAAAGGAACCGGUCAAUUACUUUAUGAAGAAUGUAAAGUCCUUCCACACCAGCAACAUUUUCCCCUGCUAACUAUGCUUAAUCGUCUGUCUACCGAGUAGUUCACUGCGUUUUUGCACACAUCUGACCAACUAUACGCCUUUCUCACCUCACAGCCCCCCACUGACAAGCGGUAUUGUCGUUGUCAGCAUUCGUUCGCAGGUCCCGAGGAUACUUAUUCAGAUGGAAUAAUUAAUUUCGCAGGAUGUCAAGUAAUCGGCCUUCAUAGUGCACAAUGUUAACUUCUUUUGUUCAUUAAUAAAAGCUCAGCUACAAGGAAAAAAGGUGCUCAGACUAAACCAAGAAUAUCAAUCGAAAAUUCAGUCAAAUUACGUCUCAAAACCUGUCGAUUGUUCACAUACUCAUGGCUUUUGCGAAACCUCAGCCACCAGAAAAAGCCUUUGUAUGUUCUCUGAUGCUCAUUGGCCAGAGCAUCUGGGCUGGUCAACGUCGUGCUCGUAGGCAGUCAGAUGCAACGGUCGAUGCACCCACAAGCAGCAGCUGGAAAACCGGCAACAGCCCAUACAGACUGGGCAAGUUUAGUCUCUGCUUCUAUAGAACGGAGACCUGAGAUAGAUCUAACGUUACCAUAAAAUUUUGCUACAGUUUUGCAAAAUAAAUAUGACUAGGAUGUGACGGGAGACAAUUCUAAAAGCACGCAAAUAAAGACUCCUUCUUGAGAUCGUGCCAGUGUCGUUCGCUUUCCUGCACCCGUUACCGAGAGAAUUUGCACGUUUAAUAUUGGGUUAAGCGCAUUUACUUGUCGUUGAGCAGAUAGGCAUAUGGCUUGUAAGAUGAGCAGAAUAAGGAAGAGGAUGGUCCUUAGGUUAAGCUCCUCCAAAGGAUUCCUUCGAAUGACAAUCAAUAUUAAGUACUAAAUUCUACGAAAUUUCGAAGGGCAUCACAUGCAGGUAGUCUUUAUGGUUAGAACACUCGGACAUUUGCCUGGGAAUAUGCUUAUAUUAAGGAUUUUUAGGAGCAUAAACAAAUGGAGGGUUGGAAGCUGAGUUGCAGCAGUAAACGAAAUUACUUGAGGCCGAAACUUGACUCACAUUAUUUGUGCAAGCCAAUGUGGCUUAAUUCGCUAGUUUCAAAAGAAUGGGGUUUCGUUUGUUUUAAUCAUCUUUGGACGCGGCCGCCGUUGAAAUUUUUUAUUUUCCGGCGAUAAAUGAAUCAACAUAUUCUGACACCACGUCUCAAAAUGUUUUAUUGAAUCCGAUAACCCAGUCAGGAGUGGGUUUCAGUACAUUUUUGCUUAGUCGACACACGUCGGGUUUUCGCAUAACAACAACACUUAGAGCGGAAACCUCGGGAAAGGGACCUGGUGUAAGAGGGGGCCGGAUUCGUGUUCUCAUGGAAAGAUAUCAUUCUAUGAUCUAGGUUUUUAAUAAAAAGUGAAUAAAAUCGUUUUUGAAAACUCGGCCAUGACCCUCUCCAUCCCAGUUUAGUCCAGAACUAAGGUGGGGGGCUUGUGCUAGCGGGGUACUUUUGUGUAUCUAUGGACAGAUUUUAUUCUUUUAAUCUAGGUUUUGGAUUUAAAAAUGGAUAAAAUGAUUUUUGGAAAUUGCUUCGCUCAUUUGUAGACCACAUUCUCGGUCAUAACCGAUGCGAAAAUAAACACGAGACGAAUACCAAAAUGUGGUUUGCUUAAGAGAAAAGGCAGUUAAUAAAUAAACAACAGCACGAGUUCAAAAGCUAAAAAUAAUAAAGAAAUUCAAUUUGACCCACUUGCGAGGAUUUCUGGGACCUCAGCGGGAUUCAAACAUAUGACGCAGCGACAAGGCCCGUGUAUACCCAGCGCUCUAGCCACCUGAGCUACGAGGGCAGCAAGGGAGCUAUAAUUUUAAUUAUAUGUGGGUCAAGUUACCCGCCCAGCCUACUCUAACAAACGGAAUCCAUCAAAUCUAAAACAGUAAGCUGACGGUCCAAGAAGGAUUUCCUGGGUACUCAAUCUAGAAUCCACCGGCUAUUAAUUACGCUAGCCUGGUAGUCAUCUAGUGGAUUCUAGACUGAUUACUUAGGAUAUCCUGCUUGGGCCGUCAGUUUUUUGUUCUAGAUUUGGUGGAUUCCAUACGCUGCAGUAGGCUGGCGGGUAACUUUACAUAAAUACAAUUAAACUCGCGACUUCCCGUGCGUCCUCGUAGCUCAGGUGGCUGGAACGUUGGCUGCACUCAAGCUAUCCACCUGCUCUUGUGGUUUCGAAUCCAACCUAUGUCGCCUAGUUUUCCACGGUCGGGCCAAAAUGAAUUAUCCAAAAUCUGCCAAAACAUCAAUUAAUAAACAAAUUGUUUCAGUGCUCGACCAGUAUUCUUCUUUACUCACAUAUAUAUACACGUGGAACUCAAAUAUUCGCCUGCAUCCGUGAAAAAUCCGGACAGUGUUCGCUUCGGGCAGCUCGCAGUUGGGACUACCAUACGAGAGACAGAAACAUACGAACAGCUAGUUUUUCUGCAUAAAUGCCUCCAAGACGAACUGACACCAUGAUGCUUAAGAUAUAAGACUAUCGUUAACACGGCUAUGGGCGGAGAAGUUGCAAGGCGUUUAAUGAAGCAGAUGAGGACAGCUCUGAUCGAUGACUGUUACAGAAUACAAAAUUAAGAUCGAGCAGAACAGAGGGGCGUGUCCGCAUGUAUGGUUUGUCGUGCCGACAGUAGGGAGUAUGGCAGAGGGACGCUCAUCGAUUGCGUCACGGAGCUCACUCGUCCCGUUGUGUCUUGACGCUCUCUCCUCGGCCUCGAAAGCAGCCGCGCAAGGGCUACUGCUAAUAUAGGCCGAAUAACACUGCCGACAAGGAGAAGGGGGACUGGAAUGGUCACUUCUGGCCCAUUAACCAUCGUCAGCCAGACACACCAAAUCCCGAGGUGGGCAACCCCUUGGGGCUCAGUGGUUAGGGCGUUGGACUUCUACCUAACAGGUCGUGCGAUCGAGCCCCAGGGGCUGACCACCUCGAGGUUGAGUAUGGCUGACUGACGACAGCUAAUAGGCCAGAAAUAGCCAUUCCAGUCCUCUUAGUCUGUCGGUAAUGCUAGUAGGGAAUAUGUCUACAUUCUUGGUGAUUCUAUUUCUGAGGAUCUUAGGAAGGCUUUGGCACAUCAAAGAAAAGCUAAGAAGAGAUACGUUUUGGAACAGAAACCAAAUGAAAACCAACAAAACAUGGAAGGCUGGGAUUUGAUCCACAACCUCUCGCCUAAACAGCUAACGGAUCAGCAGCUACGAAUGCUACGGUACGAAGAUUGUUUUAGCACCGCAGAUGCCGACCCGGUCGAAUUCAAUGCCGUCGCGGAAGCUAUGCUUGUACGAAAUGAAGCAACCAACGACAAGAAAACGCCGUCCGACAACGUGCUACCUCCUUGCUGGUAGCGCACAGACCAAUCAAAUACACCUCGCGGCGUGAGCCAAAAGAUAUGAGGGAACUGAGGAUGGACGGCAAAAUUAUUAUACUUUUCACUGACAAUAGGUGAGCAACUGUCGUUAGGAACCGACAAGGCUGUAAUGAGAAAGCCGAAGCCCUUUUUGAUGACAGAAAAUGUUGCUGACCAGCACAGAACUCACAAGUCGUGGCAGUAGCAGGCCUGUCGAACAAAAGACUUAGAGAAUACCGAUGCAAAAAGUGUGAUCACGGGGAAUGAAUAACCCCAACGGCCACUGCUCUGGCUCAAUUUCAUGGUCUGCCGAAGAUCCACAAACCAAAUGUUUCAGUGCGAUCGAUCGUUGUUCUCAAAGACAGUCUCACGUAUAAUUCGGCAAAAUGGAUACGCUCAAAACUCGAGUUUCUCCAAAGCAAUUCGUCUGCACAAAUACGAUCAGUCUCCCAUUUCCUUGUUUACCUUCGAGGCUGAAGGAUCCAAUCGGACGAAAUCGCAAUCUAUUUCGAUGUGAAAUCGUUAUUAACAUCCGUCCCACUGAAUUUCGCGAACGAAGUCGUGCGCAAGAGACUUGAAGGGACAUACGAUGAGACUUAGCGUUUUCUCAAAGGUGAGUACCUCAUGAGGUUGUUGGAGUUCCGCCAAAUAACGUACUUCACCUUUACUGGAGAAAGUGAUGAUCGGAUCAAGGGACUUUAGUGCUCUCCCCGGUCUCCGAUUUAAUGACGAAAUGGGUCUAAAAGAGAUAAAAAAUGCUGUCUUCAUCCCAUAUGAAUCGGUGUUUUAGCGUUGUUGUGCUUGCGACACGUUUGCCAUAGUCAGGAUGAAAAUGCUGGAGAACUUCCGUUAUCUGCACAACGCAAUAUUUUCUGAUGUCAAAUUCACGAGGAAAGGAGAAUAGGAGCAGCCACUUCACUUCCUUGAUGUGCUCGCCAGGUAAAAUGUAUAUGACGGUUAACUAGAAGGCAACGAACGUCACGUAACUUUCAAGUUUUCACAGAAACCAUCCGGUGACUAGCAAACGAGUGUGUGAGAGUGCUCCUCAAACGGAUUCAGACGCAUUUCAGCGAGGUGCGAAAAAAGAACACGAGAUCCGAUAUCUCUACGAUCAAUUUAUGUGUAAUGGCUACCAGAAAGCGUUCAUAGGCCGAUGUCCGCGUGCUCGUUGUGAGGGACCCAAAUAGAAAUGCCACCAAGUUUAUGACAUGCUCUGCCUUACAUUAAGGACGAAUCAGAAGCGACCGAGCGCACUACUGUAGAACUAAGUGUUGAAAUUGCACACCGGCCCAAAGUUAGCUGCCACGACAGGGUCAUGAAAAUCAAAGACCAGCUAAACCCCAAUUAGCAGUCUGGGGGUAGAGUAUCGCAUUCCGCGCCUGAACUGUCUUCGUAACUAUGCAGACCAAACUGAACGUAUACUCAGAUUGAGCAUGCGCGAACAUAAGCUGGCUGUGUGAAAAGGCGGCGAAUUAUCGCUAGUGGCUAACUGCAUCUUCGAGACGAGUCAAUAGUUUAACCUCACAGUCACCAAGAUAAUCACCCACGCCAGAAGGAAGAGAGGGCAGGAAGGGAUUGACCAGAAUCUCGGAUAAGAACUCGACGAACCGAUUUUUGAUCUGGCACCGGCAUAUAGAGCUCUGCACAGUUCCCUCCAGACCUGCGUCAUUGAUCGUUGUUUAGCUAGCGCCUCCUAUAACCGCUACUUCUUCUGUUCCUCCUACUAUCGCUGACGAUGUACUCCUGCACAAGUUAGAAAGUUCGGAAUAAUAAAUAAAUUGUUCCGAUGCUCGACCAGCCUUCUUCACUCAUACAUACACCCGAGACUCGAACAUUUGCCUCCAUCCGUCGACUGAUAACUUGUUGCGCAGAUCACGAAUUACAUAAAUUAUUGUAGGCCGAAGGAAAUGUGAUUUAAGUUAAAUGUUGAUAAGCUCGGUGACGAUUGAACAUGUAGCCCAGCGUUCUUAUUUGUAAGACAUGUCUGCUUGUUUGAUUUUUGUAGACAUGUCACAUAAGCACUACGUUUCCAUGCCAGCUUAAGGAAAUGAUCAACUUCAGGGUUUAGGUCAAGGUUAGGCUUAAGGCUAGGGUUAGGUUCAAGAUUAGGUUCAGUGGAAGUGUUGGAGUUGACGUUAGGGGUAGAGCUAAGGUUGCCCGCCGCAUGCAUCCUUACCCAAUUCGGCCCCCAUUAACUAAUAACCUUGGAUUAUCCGUUCCUAGCUCCUUUACCCGCCCUUAAUUCACAUCUUUCAAUUUCCGGGUCUGUCCUGUUUCCUUACUGGAGUAAUAAGACAAACGUAUGACAGAAAUGCGAGUUUCCCGGCGCCUUCUGCAGAUUUCGUUAUUUUCCGUGUCUGUCUGCCCUACUGAUAAAACUUCUUCUAACGCCCCGCCCCCUGAAUUUCGUAGUCCCUGUGCCCUGUUUUAUCAGUGGACUUACUUAUUCAAUCCUUGCCGGUAGUCAAACGCAUUGCCAAAUAUGCAUCGUCAAACCUUUAGCAAAACGCUACGAUUUCUUGCUGAGACGAAAAGGAAGAGAAACAACUUAUAAUAAAUUUUUAUUAAUAGAUGUUCUUACAGAUUUGAAUAAUUUACUUGAUCUGCUUGUGAAAAACUAGGCGGCCUCGGGAGGGGGACGUUGUAGCCCAACAUAGCAAGGGCGAAGUUGGAGUACAACCAACGUCCUAACUAUCUGAGCUACGAGGUAUCGACCGGUAGUCGUGAGCCUGAUCACACUUAGGCCAGUUUACCCGACCAGCUUACUGCAACAGAUGGAAUCGACCGACUGAUGCUGUAAGCUAACUGACUAAGCAGAAAUUCCGAGGCAUUCAGUGCAAAAUCCACCAGAUUAAUGUCGGGCGCACCUGAUUAAUCGGUAUUUUUGGCAUAUUUGAAUAACUGUUUUGACCUAAGCCUUCUCCCGGGCCUCUAUCAAACCGACCGAUUGGGUUUAAAGCGUUUAGAGAAAAAAAGUUGCAAGUGACCUUUGCACAAACCAUUUUAUCACUCAUCGAUUGGAAGAACUUAAAUGGUAACAAAUUAAGCAAAGUCAGCCAGACAAUCGAUUUGCUGCAGAACCGAGAUACCCGAUGGAAAGGCAGGAUUGACGAGUGAAUAAACGUACGUCAUAAUGUGGAGGUCGAAAUUCGCCCCUGGUUUAACGAGCGUUUUUGACACGGCUGUCAUGAUGACCUAUAUCCAAUGGUGGCGCAUCUAACCUUUCUCUUCAGCGUCCGUUUUUCUAGGGUUUUCUGAAAGGUCACUACGUUAGUGUACAUCUAGAGGCUCUCAGUCGUAGUCACUAUCUAAACUAUCGCGUUCCCAAACAAUGAAGGCGAGGUAGAGAGAACAAACUUUAAUGUCAGAAGAACGCACAGAUGACCGUAAGGGGACUUUGGCUACUGUCCUGACCGAUAUGAGCCAGAAGCGCGAUCAGGUCCUGCUAACGUUCGCCCAACUAGCGGUUUGCGUCGCUGCACCCUGGUAUCGGUGAGAGCUGUUGACCAGGAAGGCACUGGCGCCUGUGGUCAAAAACGUUGUUACUCUCACAACGAUGACAAGCCCGAAAAGGGCGUCCACUGCUUCAUAGAAGAGCUCUGCUACGUACUCCCUACUCUACAGUAUCUUAUGGAGGCUCACUUGUCAAGUUGCUGGAAAGCUGAAAGCCGGAAAACGCAGCAAAUUGCAAAUGAGUGCAUUUGGUGGCAUUUCAUGCCGGCGUUGAAUACAACUAGAAAAAAUUACGGUACUAAACCAAGGGUGACGGCCGUGUUCUACAAACAUCGAAGCUGAUAGUGUGUCCUUCUGUUGAUUGUUCUGUCAAAGAUAUCAGAUACGCGAUACGGUUUCGAACGAUCUUGCUUACAUUCUUAACAAAAAUACGGUAAGUGGUCUAAACAGGGGAGUGAAUGUCGCUGUCUUUCAGGCGAAUUUCGAAAUCAAAAGUCAUCUCCUCUUCUAUGCAGGUCCCAGUGGUAGCCAUGGCACUCUUUGGCGGCAUGGCAGCCGUUUUGACCUUCCUCUGCGAUAUCCACACGUUGGCAGAAUUUCUGAGCAUCGGAACUCUGAUCGCUUACACGAUUGUCUGCAUGAACGUGUGCAUCCUCCGUUACCAUCAUACGGAGACUGUCUCUACGGGUGAAGCUGCAGACUUAGCUACUCAAAAGGAGGUGAGAUAUUUAUCUAUUGAAAAUAGUUUUUGUGCAGACCAGCCGGUCCGGUCUUACAAGACUCAUGCGUCUGCUAUAAAUAUCAAACUGCUUUUCCUUGGUGACGAACUGCGUCGCGACCCUGACUCUUGGAAUCAUUUAACAUUCGCGUGGAACAAGCUAACUUGCAUGAUGAAUAACAUCUUCCGUCAAUGAAUAGUUGAGGUGUUCCAUGUUCAGCCACAUCGUUCUUUCCAGGGAUUGCAGGGGUCUAGACGUCAAGGCCAACCACCACCAGCGACCGAUCCAUCAUCAAAGAACUUUGUGACGUGAGAGUGUUUAUCAACUCGUUGGCACGCACUACAGUGAACCGGAAUGAGGGGUAUUCAGAUCGACUGGGUGCUCGAACAGUGCAUUCACAACCGAGAUGAAGACACAACUGCGACAGAUACAAAGUCUGACGUAAGAUUCCGUACAUCAGGAAAGUUUCGUAAAGCGUUGUUUCGACCGGCAUCUGGUCUGCUUAUCACGUCUAUAUAAACCCGUGAAUUCAAAAACCCACUGUAAUUUUAUGACGUCAGGAGUCAAGUAUCGGAUCUAUUGUCGUCGUGGGCGGUUAAGCUAAUUCAAACGAACGGAGUGUUUACUCAGGGCGGAUUUUUGGGCAUGCAUCAACAGCUUCCAGGAUUGGCAAUCCCCCAGAAGUCGUGGCUCACUCCGCAAGAUGGAGUCACAUGGUCCAGGUUACCGAGUCGGAAACUUAAACGAGCUGACUACCUCGUGGGCGGUGGACUUUUCACCUCGGAGUGACCAGGCCCGGAAUCGAUCGGUGGAACCACUGAGUCCUCUUUAGUCACCGAUUUUGCGGGUAUUGCAAGUAACGAGACCAAUCACUGCCAACGUGUGCAGUGGCGACUUGUGCGCAGUUUUUUUGCAGUUUGUUUCUCAGCAUCUUUCACGCUCAUCGCAUUCCAAGGGGGAGAUAACAUUAAGCCGACUAGGGAUGGAUGCGGGUAUAGUAACUGUACCCAAAAUGGUCCUCUAGGAAUGUGCUGCACAAAACCUGGUUGAUAUUGCCGACAGAAGCGAAUAGCCGAGUUUAAAGAAGCAGUUCAGAAGAAGAUGCGAUCGUUGAAACAAAAAGCUUAUUAGCCUGACGGUCCAAAUUCCCACUCGAACCCAUUAUCAGAGACAGUCGCAGAUAAUGAGUCCAUAUCUUAUCUGCGUCCGUCUGGGGUAAUGGAUUCGAGUGGAAAUCCGAAACUUCGGGCAGAUAGACUUCUUGUUUUGACGAUUGCAUCUUCUUCUGAUUGAUAUAUCUACACGUACCAGGAGGGUCUUGGAUCCCACAUAAUCUAGAGUGCCGCAGGUGUCGACUUAAAAGGAUCUAUCGCGGUCCGACUGAUGUUCUAGCGGAGGUACGGGUACAACAGCGAGGAAUAUGUUAACUUUUACGGGGAAUAAAACCUCAGAAUUACACCCACUCUUUGUUUCCUCUCGAACGCACCGAUGUUUUGGCCGCAACGGUUGACGUGGCGAAAGUCUCCGUCCAAGGUGUGCCACACACAUGCACAUCAAUAUCUGAAGCCUAUUAACCAGUGAUACUUCCAUGCCACUUCCAUUUUUUGCAACAUGACUGCGUUGCAGUUGAAUUCUAGGGUUGACCUGUGUGCUUUUUUCAGAUAUUCUGAUAUGGAAGUACCCACUUGAAAGCACUUGGGGAACGCUGGAGAGCUCACUGAUGAGCCAAAUUCUUCGCAUCCGUCAUGCAGCGGUAGAAUAUUGGCAAAAUACGUGUCUGCACCUUUAGCUAGCACCUGUGCCGUCAGUAUGUAAAUCAUGCCAGAUAUAUGGAACUUCUGGAAUCAUGUGAUACCCAGAUAAGGACACCCGUUGCAUAUCUGCAACGCUGGGAUGAUAAGAAAUGGAUACUAACCGAGACUUAACACAGUCUGACUAACGCAUUCAGUGAGCUGCUGUGACCCACCGUAACAGGGCCUACAUCUAGCGCUGACAGAGGAGGUCGCGAAUACUAUUUCAUUGUAUGUGCUGACGGAUUCAAACGCGAAUAUUAUAGGCCAGGGAACCCUUCUUCAUGCUGAGCCAAUUAGAUCUUUGCACCGCUUUUUAAUUUCCUUUAACAGGUUGGUCGCAUUGAAAAGAAGACACUCCUGUCUCUUAAUUCUGCGGCAGUUUCUGUUUAUACAGUAAUAGCUGCAGGCGCCCAUUCGUUCCUCAGUUUAACCACUCAAAUACCUCCUCUACAACUGAGAUCUGGUUUACACAUAGUUAUCAUCUUUUCAUACUGAUUCCUUAAAGAGAUUCUUGGAAAGGAGGACACCGACGACGGCGAAUAAGCAGAAGAACUUUUGUAAUAAGGUGCUCAGAAUACUGGGGGGGGGUCUCUUUGAAAAAGUGAGAUGAGAAUCCAACAAACCUCGAAGACUCUUUUGGAAAUAUUGCGGCCCACUUAGAUGCCCAUCAUCAAUGUGCUGGUCCACUCGACACCAAAAAUCGUGUUCGUUGAAGAGACAUCCUAUGAGGUACAAGAAAUAUCACAACUCGUUAAGGUCUGUUUCGGUAGAAGCGAGCGUGGUAUCUUCCACGGUCAUAAAGCUCUUGUUUCUCUACUUAUAUCUUUUUUUCAAAAGAUCGUUAUAACAAGUUCUAGACUGCCUUACCUACCUUACUUAAAUGUUUUUCAUGGUAAUCGCAUGGCAGUUGGAUGUCCUCAUAUGAUAAAAUAUCUGAGACAGUUCAAUGGCAAAAACGUUCGUCCUGCCAAAAUGUCAUUUUUGGGUUAUUUUCGUAACUUAUAUACCUAAAUAUUCCCUCUAGGUCCAUAUUUAUAGCCCGAAAAUCAAAAAUAAGAUGGGAUCAUUAACUUUCUAUAAGACUUUAUUUUUUGAAGUUAGUGGAUCUAAAAACACACAGUCAACCACCAUUCCUAGGACGGAGCUAGGGUUGUCCUUACAAAUCUAAAUCUAGCUCUGGCAACCUGUAAAUGCUUGGUUCUUGGGCCGCACACGCCUCCGGCGCGGACAGUCAACUGUGCCCUCCUCCUUAGCCGGAUUCAUUUAUAAUCUCCUUCAUCUUCACGUGUAUCGUGCUUUUUGCAGGGCUGGUGUGACAAAUAGGUAUAGCAUUUUGAUUGUAACCGCACUGGAGACUGAAUCACUAUCAGCCACCUUGAGACAUCUAAAAUUAGACUUAGAGGAAACUGCUGCGCUUUCUUUAAUCCGAGGCAGGCAGUCAGGCGUAGUGAUUGAAAGCACUCUCCUGGAACGAAAUGUCAGUAAAUGAGCCCAUACCGUUACGAUCUUGUGUAAAAAAGACUGGACUGAUUCUGCCCCUGUAAGGCAACUAGUACUUUGCUCAGCAAACAAACGGGAUGAAGGACCAGUGCAUGUAGUUAUGGCUGCUUAAGAUGACAGAAAUGAUUUGGUGACAAUAUCGGCGAGCCCGACUGCUGAGCCGUUAUCACGCCAACCACUAAAAUCAGUGGUGAAACCGUGGGAACUAGUGAUCUGGAUGCGGCCGAUCAGGCAAUCAGCACGUCAAGUACGACCGUUUACGAUGAAAGCGGGCUGUCAUUAUGUUGAUAGAUAUUUGUGGUGGGACAUAGGAAUAGGGACCCCCUCCCCCAGCAAUACUGUUGGCCUUGCGACAAAUCCCCGACAGAUUAAGGUUAGAGCAAGUGUUGAAGUUAGGGCUAGGACUCGGGAGUAGGUAUCCUUCCGAGAAUUUAACCCAAAACCACCUGUAUUACGGAGUUUCCCAUUCCCGUAUCUUACUAGUAUGCGAUUGGGCAGUAGCUGCGUCCUGCAGGUACUGCACUCCUUGUGAAGCCCCUACCCUUACUUGCUUCUGUCUUUCGUAAUGGGUCUGAGUUUGAGUACGAAAUGCCAGGCGAAUAAACUGCAUGUUCAGGCAAUUAAGUCUCCUUCUCCAUUGCCAUCUGGAACUCAUUUUCGCUUGUGUCCGCGAGAUAUUGUCUUUAAUGACUCCCUCAACAAGCGGAUUUCUAUAGUAUUAAAAAUGCUCAGGACUUAUUGCGCCAGAAGUUCCAAUCACCCUAAAUACUCCUCAGUUUUCCAAGGUUCACUGUCAUCUCGUUAUUAACGAGGCUACUACAGACAGGAUUGUGAAAUCUACUUAGGAACACGCUACUAGAUUACAAUGAAGUCUUGGAUUUUUAAGGCCAAUGUGGUUGUACGUAUUCUUCACAUCAACACGAAAACGCUCCUACUGGGUUAUUUUCGCAUGUGUAUAAUGCAGGGAGGGCACGUUUUUAUUAAUCAUCGGUCUUUUAAGAAAAGCCGUGGUCGGGGCAACCGAUGUUCUAGUAGGCAUAUAUGGCCGUUUAAUAUGUAGGUUAUUGACAUGUGGUAUCGUGGAUGUAGUUUGUAGAUGUGAUUGCCGUUGACACCACCAAGUGAUUCUUCCCUGUCACUGUUGCGCUGGCUCCCUAGGAAUUUACCAGUCAACACGAAAUGCAACGGCUUGGUGAACAGUAGCAGACUACAAGUAUUUAUUACGCCAUUUCGAAUAGAUGACAAAACCCCAGCCCUCCCAUGCUGCACUUACAGUAUUUAUCCUAACUCGUAAAACGUGAUAACGAGAAUCCAGAGGAUCACUUCAGGCCACCUUAAACCUUGUCAACUUUGCGUACUCCCCAACCCCUUCCGAACAAUGUUUUUUGUGUGCACAAUAUUUUCUAAGUAAUUGUAUCAGACAAACUGUUUAAAAACAUGUGCCGAAAUCUACGUUACCUCAUCUUCGGGCAAUCCCCUACGUUAAUAGUCGUCCUAGACCAAGGUUGCGCAUACACACGUGCUUUUCUAAGAGAGGACACUAAUCUAAACUUGCUCACUUAAAAAUAUAUUUUUGUUCCACGUAAAUCAGGUGAAGGAGGGUGUAAAAAGCAGUUUAUUUUUAGAAAACCAAGCGUCCAAUCAAUUUGAAGAGAUCAAGUUUUUGAAUCUGAAUCUGUGAAAUCAAGCGGAAUCGUUCUUGCCUUCAUUAAUCUCAUCUCAAACAAUGUACAAUGACAAAAAAAUCAUCAAAUUCUCUUAAAAUCGUUUUGGAAUCGACGCUUAAACUAAAGGUUGUUAGUCAACCUCCUUACUCGAUAUUACAUUAAUUCUGGGAGUAAAUUUUAGCAAAAACUGCAUCACAAUACCAUUUUCAAAUGUCCUAUAUGUGUUGUGUAAUUUGCAUAGACAGAUUUCAUGUCUCUCUAACAGUUUAGGUUUACUCAUUUGACAUGAUUUUUUAACGUUUUCGGCAUUUCUGUCUUCCUAAAAAUAACAUUAUAUUGCUUUUGCUACCCUGUGUUUUCAUUUUACUUGAAGUCGUUCAUUAUUAACUGGAAUUUUUGGUUAAUACAUUUGAGUCGGUUUCCGAGUGGUUAAAGAUGUUUUGUAAAUCUGGGCACAUUUCAUGUGUUAGGUCAUGCACUGUAUUUUCCAGAAGAAGUUGGACGCCCCUGCAGGCAAGAUAAUUGAGGCAGAUAGCGCCGAAUUUGGUGACUGGGCGCAACCUACAGGCUCCCUAAAGUCGGCCUUUCGGAACAUUCCCAUACUGCGUGACUGGACCCCUGGUCGUGCACCCAUCAUCGCCCUCGUUUGCUACGUCUUCUGUGCCCUCGGAUUGGCGGCCUUCGCCCUUGUUGGUACGGAAAAGUUGAUUCAGUUGAGGUGGUGGGCCAUCCUCCUCGCCCUCCUUUUCCUCCUGAUUGCGAUAGUCUGUCUCCUGAUCAUGUUCAUGCACAACCAGGACAAGAGUUUCGACACAUUCAAGGUGGGUUUCUCACUUUGAUUAACCGCAAGCCUAUCCGCCAUACUCUUCAGUCUUCACCAAUCCUAUUUUACAACAAAUGUUCACUCCGGCUGCCGCUACGUUCCAUAAAAUUCAUUCAUAUUAGAGUAAUUGUUAUUACGAAAGGAAUAAUGAUCAGAUCUUUGCGAACUCCGCAUCAGCAGUAGUCCCUGUGUGGCUGUCUGCGGGUGCUCUAGAUUAGACCUGAAGGGGCAGCAUGACGAGCAUGUCCCGUGAUCUGAUCGGCGACUGUCCUCUCUAACCCUCCCAAAAGAGGCACACGAGAGAUACAUUGGAGCAAAACGGAGGCCAGAUUAAAGCAAAGUACGCGUUAGCCGGACUGCUACGAAUGGGGGUUGUGAUGGCACGCCCUGGCGCGGGCUCACGCCACCCCAACCACUUGCGUCCAGUCCCAGUGCUAGAUGGCUGGCCGGAUCGGCCAGUGGACUGGUGGACGGCAGAGGGAAGCGAGAGUGAGGUCGACUCGGGGAACCACGUCCUCAUGACACUGCAGGACAUUUUCCUAUUAUAAACGAUUCUACGCGCUUUUCAACUAUUAGGAUGCGCUAACCGUCGUGGUUUGAAAGGUUGUCAACCGAUUGGGAUAAUUCGGUCCUAUGUGUAUAUGUGUGGAGUGGCUGGCGCUCGGACUAGGAGUCAAGCUCAACGACCCACCUUAAUGGGGCCUCUGCGACACUCCCACAAACGUAAGAUCCAGACCACCCAGUUCCGCGAAAACCCGGCUCAUUGUAUGUCGAGCAAGUCGUGUGUGGCACGCGUAGUCGUCCUGCUUAGUUUUGUCAGCCACUGGCCGGAUUCCGUCUCCGGUCUUCUUGACUUCCCUUCUUACCGAGUCCAGAUGGCUAACGAAGGUGAGAGUGAGGCGGUCGUCGCGCAUGUCUGGGCUAAUUCACGUGAAGGUCACCGUUCUGCGUCCACCAUGCUGUGGGACACACGGCGGACAUGGGGAAAAGUGUGGGAACGGCGCCAUUUCCUUAGGAAGUGACAUAGAUCUCUGGAGAGAGUACGCAGUUUGUCCGAUAUCUACUUUCUUCUUACACUCAUUUACAAAUAUUCCUAGAGUAUACUAAAGAAAAUACGCAAAAUAAAUAUUCACCAUUGCUAUAGAGCUUCAAAUUUUCGUUUUAGGUCCCUUUCGUGCCCGUUGUGCCCUGUUUAUGCAUCUUCCUCAAUAUGUGUCUCAUCGUGAAACUUUCUCCCCUGACUUGGGUUCGCUUCUUCGUUUGGCUAAUUGUUGGUAAGUCAGGGUUAAAUGAUUGAUUUCAAACAUUUUUCUGAGUCUUUGCUGGAAACCGCCUGGAGUACCAGUACCUAAUAAGUUUGCGCUGCCUUGCACCGUAGGAACCGCGAAGUAGAAUUACGGACGUGCAACCUCACUUAGUCGUUACUUCUUGCAGUAUCUACUAAGAUCCUUUGGGUAGUGACAUUAGUUUUGGUGUCUCGUGGAAAAACAGUAUGCAGCAAGAGGACGUGCACUGCACCAUCCUCCCUCCCUUCUCCCCUUCCCAUUCUUGGUCAGGAUGUGUAACAAGCUUUAAAAAGAUCACCACAGAAUGAGUCACACUGAAAAUUCGAGCGGUGUUACUCUCGGGGAGACUUUUGAGGAGAGUCUGAAGUACCCUAACAUCUGGAAGCAGACGAAUCCUAUUCGCUUUCUCUCUUCUCACGCAAUGCCGUUACUGGUUCUCUAUGCUUAUUUCCAACUAGGUUGACUGCGUCUUAAGUUACCUCAAUUUUCAGCCUUAUUAGAAUCUUAUAAUUGGGCAGGGAUUAAGUAUAUGCGUGCGGUAAGAAAAUGCCAACUGUUAUCUAACAAAUCCACCAACAUCUUAAGACUCCUACCUUACUGGCAGACGUAUGCAUUCCACCUUCAAUUAUUUCGGAUAUUUUUCUACCACCUCACUGCUCUCCGCGCUGAACUUUUUUAAAUUGAGCUUUCCGUGUGAGUUUGCGUGUGAGGUGUGCAAAACCAUCGACCAAUGUAAACAUUUCAUCAGUACCGGCUCCUCGGGGCGGUACGGGUCAGCGAAUGUCAUCCUGCCGACGAAGGACCGACCAAAAACCCUGCAGAACAACACCUUCUUUAAAAAAUAUAGUGGACAAUUCUCUGAAGUUUUUCCUUACCCCGCGCAUAUACUUGAUCCUUACCUAUUAUUGCUGCAAAAAUCCAGUUCGUCCUAUUCAACAGGUGUGAAUUAGUAUAGCAUUGCAUUCAUUAAGCCUUCCAUUUGUCAAAGCGACUCAGUACACGCACUUCCUCUUGGCCGCCUGUAACAUCAAAUAGUACAGCUUAUGCACCCAGAAUCGAUCCGUAUUCCGCCAAAGGCAAAACUGUGAUACCUCCGUUUAAACGAUUGCCGAUUAAAGGGUAGAGCGUAACUGACGAGCAUUUAGUAUGCCUUUCGAGGGAAUGAGGUUUUAAAAGAAAGAGCCGCAUAUUCUCCCAUUGUUGAGCUUUCCGUUUCGAGAGAUCUGAUGGAUUGUUGGCAGCUGUUUUUCAACAAGUGCUUCAUUUGUAUAUCUUAUUUCUUCCAGCGAGAUGCAUCUUAACGUAACGCUUUAAACUGCGUCUUUUUCAAGGCUUGCUGAUCUACUUCAGUUACGGAUGGUGGCAUAGCAGGGAAGCAGAUGGUUCUGGCGAAUCCGAUCUCCUUUUGACCUACAAGACAGUGGAUACUGAAAGCACGGAAGCAGAACAGCCAACCCCAAUUCCACCGGCACCAUAG